UCUGUCGGUUAACCACAAUGAUCCUUCAAAACAAUGCGUCCCAGGUGCACCCAAGGGGGCCCAGAGAGGGGGCGGGGCACUGUGGGCCCCACUGGGCCAUUUGUAUUGGCUGCUGGGGACAAGGAGCAGUGCUGCGCCAUUUGGCACUUUAUUAUAAAUAGGGGGUCAUUUACUCCUGAGAGACAGACAAGGUGGGAGCUUAUUAUCCAGAGCUGGGAAUCAGUGAGACUGUUGAGCCUGAGCAGUGACAGCCUGACAGCAGGUCCUGGGAAAAUGGAGGUGGCAUUGCCUAAUGUGCCAACCGAAAUACACCGUCCAUUUACUAAAUUCUCAGAAUGGAAGUUCAAACUGUUUCGAGUGAAAUCCUUAGAGAGGAGACCAUCUGAGGAGGAAACAGAGGGGAGUGAGGUCUCAUACAGCAGCUCUCAAGAGACAUCCCCUGAGUCUACUGUGGUUUUGGAGGAUCUUAGUUUGGGGUCUACACCACAGUCACCCUCAAACUUCAAACCACAGGAAGCAAGCGAGAAAUCAAAUGAGGUUGACAACAAUGAGACAGACCUAAAAAGUCUGGGAGAAGAGACCCACAUUACCGCCAUACAGCAACUUUGCCGCAUAUGCGGCGCCUCUUUUAAAAUGGAUCAGCAGAACCGGAGCUAUCCCGUCCAUGGACCGGUGGACAGCGAAACUCAGGAUGUCCUAAGAAGAAGAGAAAAGAAAGUCACCUCUUGGCCUGAGCUCAUCUUAAAGGUCUUCAAGACCGACGUGAGAGCUGAUGUAGAUACCAUUCAUCCCACUCGCUUUUGCCACAAUUGCUGGACUAUAAUGAAUCAGAAGUUCAGCCACAAUUCCAGUGAAGUGUAUUUUCCCCAUAACCAAGCUGUGGAGUGGACGCCUCACUCAGCCACCUGUCAUGUGUGCCACUCAUCCAAACCCUGGGGCAAGAGAAAGGGUGCACCCCAGCUGAACCCACACAAGAUGAAAAGGCGCAAAAUGGGGUCCGAAUUUGCCAAAAAGUCCAAGGCCUCCUCGAACCACUCAAUCCAGCGGAACAGCAGUAAAGCUUUGAACCAGAUGAAGGACAGCUGCAAGAAAAUCCAUCUUGACACCAAUCUCCUGGUGGUGGACUAUCCAUCGGACUUUGUAAAGUCAAUGUCUUGCCAAGUGUGUGAGCACAUUCUGUCUGAUCCAGUGCAAACCUCAUGCAAACAUCUCUUCUGUAGGAUUUGCAUCCUGAAAUACAUAAAGCUCAUGGGGUGCUACUGCCCAUCAUGUAAGUACCCAUGCUUCCCUACAGACCUCACAGUGCCAGUUAAAUCCUACUUUAAUGUCCUGAAUGCCUUGUUGCUGAAAUGCACUGUGUCUGGCUGUGACGAGGAGAUCCCUCUAGGGAAAUAUUCUCACCAUAUCUCCAAGCAUAAAGAAACCAAGGGAAAGGAGGCGUAUGCCCACAUUAACAAGGGCGGCAGACCCAGGCAACACCUUCUCACCUUAACACGGAGAGCACAAAAACAUCGUCUCAGGGAGCUUAAGAUGCAAGUUAAAGCUUUUGCUGAUAAAGAAGAAGAAGGUGAUGUGAAAUCAGUGUGUUUGACACUUUUUCUUCUGGCUCUUAGAGCACGGAAUGAGCACAGGCAAGCCGAUGAACUGGAAGCCAUCAUGGAAGGAAGAGGAGCAGGACUUCACCCGGCUGUCUGCCUUGCCAUAAGAGUCAACACUUUUCUCAGCUGCAGUCAGUACCAUAAGAUGUACCGAACUGUUAAAGCCACGACUGGGAGACAGAUCUUUCAGCCUCUACAUGCUCUCAGGAACGCAGAGAAGGCCCUUCUACCAGGUUAUCAUAGCUUUGAGUGGAGACCACCUCUAAAGAACGUUUCUACCAGAACAGAUGUUGGAAUUAUUGAUGGACUCUCAGGGCUGAACCGAUCAGUGGACGAGUACCCGGUGGAUACAAUCUCCAAGAGGUUUAGGUACGAUGCAGCCCUUGUCUCUGCUUUGAAAGACAUGGAGGAAGAUAUCCUUGAAGGCUUAAAGACACAAGGCCUAGAUGACUACAUGAGCGGUCCUUUCACAGUGGUGGUUAAAGAGUCCUGUGAUGGGAUGGGAGAUGUGAGUGAGAAACAUGGCAGUGGCCCAGCAGUUCCGGAGAAGGCCGUGCGUUUCUCUUUCACUGUUAUGAAUAUCAGCGUUGCCAACAACAGUGGCCAAGUUAGGAUUUUCGAAGAGACAAAGCCAAAUUCUGAACUGUGUUGCAAGCCUCUCUGCCUGAUGCUAGCAGAUGAAUCUGACCACGAGACCCUAACAGCCAUAUUGUGUCCUCUCAUUGCCGAAAGGGAGGCUAUGAAAACGGCUGAACUGUUGCUGGAAAUUGGAGGUAUUCUCAGGAGUUUCAAAUUUAUGUUCCGCGGCACUGGGUAUGAUGAGAAGCUGGUGCGAGAGGUAGAAGGACUUGAGGCCUCGGGCUCUAUCUAUAUCUGUACAUUAUGCGAUUCCACCCGUCUAGAAGCUUCCCAGAACUUGGUGAACCAUUCCAUAACCAGGAGCCACGGUGAGAAUUUACAGCGCUACGAGACGUGGAGGAGCAAUCCGCACCACGAAUCAGUAGAUGAGUUACGUGAUAGGGUCAAAGGUGUCUCUGCCAAGCCCUUUAUUGAAACCCUGCCGUCCAUUGAUGCUCUACACUGUGACAUUGGAAACGCAGCCGAAUUUUACAGAAUAUUUCAGCUUGAAAUAGGCGAGUUCUAUAAAAACUUCAGCGCCACCAAAGAAGAGAAAAAGAGGUGGCAGGCCACUCUUGACAAGCACCUCAGGAAGAGGAUGAACCUGAAGCCCAUUAUGAGAAUGAAUGGGAAUUUUGCCAGAAAACUCAUGAGCAAAGAGACAGUGGAGGCAGUGUGUGAACUGGUUCCCUGUGAGGAACGGCAAACCGCACUGACAGAACUUAUGGACUUAUAUCUCAAAAUGAAACCAGUUUGGCGCUCUUCUUGCCCUGCCAAAGAGUGCCCAGAACUGCUUUGCCAAUACAGCUUUCACUCUCAGCGUUUUGCGGAGCUCCUGUCCACCAAGUUCAAGUACAGAUACGAGGGUAAAAUCACCAAUUAUUUUCACAAAACCCUGGCACACGUGCCAGAAAUCAUAGAGCGCGAUGGCUCAAUUGGCGCCUGGGCCAGCGAAGGCAACGAAUCUGGGAACAAGCUAUUUAGGCGCUUCCGAAAGAUGAAUGCCAGGCAGUCGAAGGUCUACGAAAUGGAAGAUGUUCUGAAACACCACUGGCUGUAUACAUCCAAACACCUCCAGAAAUUUAUGAAUGCACAUAUUAAUCUGAAAAACCAAGGGUUCACUGUAAAUCUAGACAAUCCUGACCAAAUGGAAAGGUUAGAAAGUUCUAUGGAAUCUUUAGAAUCAGUGGAAUUCUGAGGUUAGCUUAGAGAGUUUUGGUCUCCUGUAUUCUCCUGUAGCACUCAUACAAAAGAUGGGUGUUUUAAUGGAAACAGUUGUGGUCAGCUACCUUCCUACAGGUCUAGUGGCCGCUAGAGGUCCAUGUAAGACAAUUAUGCCGGCAGCUCUGGUAUUAUUUCUAGCUCUGCCGUCAGAGUUUAGAAAGAGAAUAGUACAGAGUAUAGAAAGUGGUUGAUGUAAAUUAGCAAUCAACGUUGAAGGUAGUAAGACCUUGUGGUUCUACAGAGGCAGAAGAUAUUCAGGCAAAGAUGCCUUCAAAAUAUAAUUGUUAGCUGUGUGGAAUGCCACUAUGGCAUCGUUUAAAUGAAAAUGUACAUUUUACAUAAAUAAAUUCUUUGAGAAAGUUGUACUUUAGGAACAUUUUGGUAAUAUAGAUAUAAGGAUUGUUGAUACUGUAUCAGAUGUCAGACUUUAAGCCUGCAUUGAGGCCCAGCAUUUGGCCAAGUCCCAAGGUUGCAUCAGCCAUUUAGGCAUAGGUCCAAGAAUAUGUAGGACAUAAAAGAAGCAUUUACCCUACAUCAUUCUAUUAUUGAUCUCCAAGAUGGGUUUCAAGAGUUUCUAGGAGAGGAUUCUCUAAUCUGGAGCAUUCUAAUCUGUUCCUAACUGUCCUUCAGGCUGAGCCCACCAUCCCAUAGAAGGGGACAUAGCCACAGUUUGGGAACCAUUGAGUAUAUAUUGGAAAUUUUGUUGUUCAUGGCCUGACCAUGGUUCGGUGGUUAGGACAAAUCAAGCUAUAACUCAUGAUACACAGUUCCAGUGAUGAUCUGGAGAGUAAUGGGAAUCAAGUGGUGGUCUAGACACAUACUUACAUGAUGGGGUAGGCUGGGAAUCUUUUACUCAAGCAGUGGGCCGAGUUAGAACGUUCCAAGCUUUCAGAUGUAGCACCAAUGUACACGGAACAGUUUCCUGUUUACACAAUUCAUUAUUCACUUUAUCAAUAGAUUCCAGUAUAGAAGCACUUUCUACAUGCAAACAGUAAAACGUCAGAAUUAAUCUAUAUGGUUCAUUGUAAUUGGAGUGUAAAGGACUGUACUUUUGGCUGCAUAGCCGACUUUAAUGUUUUUGGGAGCAUUGCAAUUUAUUUAGACUCUACCUCUUUUUUGUUGAAACCUAUUUCAUUUAAAAAAGCUUUAUAUUCUCUACCUCAUCCUAACCGGUAUUUACUUAUUUUGUGGUUUGCGAGAUGCUGGCAGCACUCUGAUCUGCAUUUCAGUUGGUGGCUAGAGACAGGUGGAUAAGGAAACGUAGACUUUAUGGUUUUUGGUUGAUACAGUUGGUACAUUCUGUAGAUAGCCAUAUAAGUCUAACAAGCUGCCCCGGCUCCCUGUCUUUCAGUCCUUUAGGGUGAAGACACACAGAGCUACUAGUAGCAGUUACUUGUCAU